AUGGUACACAAUCGACUGCCCCCCCAGGACAAGAAUGCCACGGCCCAGACCCUCGACUAUGCCCUGGGCAACCUCGGUGGCCGGCGCAAGAGCUGGAUGCUACCGCCUGGGGGAGGAGGGGGAGUAGGGGCAUCAACAGUGGCAGUAACAACAGUAACAACACCAACAACACCCGGAGCAACAGGAAGAGGCGCGGCGCCCAUAUCUUCACCCAUUGAUCCCGCAGAACUCACGACAAACCCUCUUCCUUUCAAGGUGCGCGGUCGCGUAAGGCCGAGGAAACAUGGCGUGCAGUUGCCCAAACGUCCCACAAUCAAACCACCAUCCAGGCGACAGUCGGAAUCUGUUUCCAACUCCACCUCGCCCCAGCUCCCAAACGUCACGGUCCGCCACAACAGCGCCAGCCAUGCGCCAUCAGGAGUUAAUAGUGUCUUUCCCUCGCCCGCCCCAAGCGAAGAGAACAUGGGAAAUGCGGCCGCGACACCGACUACGGUAGCUGACAUGUUUCAGCCAAUGUACGUGCCGGAUACACCAACUGAAGCCGCUUCCAUCGACACAGCACGCCGUGAGAGCCUUGGGAAUGUCCAGCAUGACAAUAUGCCUUCUACAACCACAGUUCGUCCAAUGUCAACACACGUCAGCAGCCCAAUAGUCGAGCGCACUCCAUCCGUUGGAGGCCAUGCAAACAACCAGAUGCCGUCGCCACAGUUGGCACAAGGCGUGCAGUUCCAAGACCCCCGCGCCAAUAGAACACCGCCUCAGCCACAUCCGCCCUUUGCCCCCCCACGUCCCUUGUCCCGGCCUUCGUCCCGGCCAUCGCUACCCCCACCCUCUCCUGUCGUUGCGCAGAAUGCUACUGUUCCUACGCCACGGUCCACCCCACAAAUACCCUCAAUAAGUCCCCACGAAUGGUAUACUGUCGACGACUGCCGAAGGCUAUUGGAUGCUUUCUGUCCCCCCUCAUCGGCAACGCCAAUAAAUAACCUCAACGGGCUGAGGAUGAGAGUUUUACGCGAUGCUGUCGAGAGUGCUGACUGGACCUAUCUUACCAUGCACCAGUUCUACUGCAUGUUCACUUAUUGCCCCAACCAACUGCCACACUCGGUGAGGAACAUGCCGGACUUGGAGGUUGCUAUUGAUGUCAUGGCCCAAGCACUUAGCAACAACAUGACGCUGACGCCCUUUUACCUGCAAUUCUUCUCAACCUUUCCUUACCACCGUCUCUUCUUCCUCUGUAUUAUGCGGCGCAUCUGGCCCGUCAACGAUCUUGCGAUCAAGACUCCAUUUGAGGAAAAAGCGCUUGCCAUCUUUUCGCAAAACCAGAUGUCGUUUCGCCGACAAACGUUGGGACAGCAUCAAAACCAGACAGAAGGUCAAACGUACGAAGCAUUUGCUUCUGCACUAAAACAGCUAGUCGAAACGCUUUCAUUGGCCGGCCAUCAAAAUAGUGUGUCUCCACUGCAGCAACAACAACAGCUACAGCAGGAACAGCAAAAUCAGUACCAAGUGCAACGAGAGCGGCAGAGGCAGUAUCAGGAACAACAGCAACAACUACAUCAAGAGCGAUUGCGUCAAGACGAGUUACGUAAAGCACAAUUGCGGCAGCAGCACCAGCAGUUACGACAGAUAUAUCAAGAGCAACAAUUGCUGCAGCAGCAACAGCAUCCACAAGAGCAAGCACGCGGGGAACUAAUACGCACGGAACAACAACAUCAAGCUCCACUGCAGCGGGAACGACAACAGCAACAGCAGAUACAACAACAACAUCAAGUACUAGAGCAGCGGCAACAACUACCUCCAGGUGUGUUUCGACCAAAUUAUCCGCUAGCACAACUGCCACCUCCAUCUGCUAUUCUUCCAUCGCAGACGCAACAACAGUCUCCGAUUCAUCAAUUCCAACCGGAGCCAUUGAAUCUUCAGCUUCCACCGUGGCCGACUUCAAAUCCUCAGUUUCAAGUUCAACAGCCUGCAACUCCCCAACUUCCGACGCCACAAUCUGCAGAUUCCCAGGUUCAAGCGCCACAAUUUGCAAAUCCUCAGAUUCAAGUCUCUACAAACACACACGUUCAGCACAACUAUCCAGCAUCAUUUGGCAACCGCCCUGAAAUUUCGCGUCUCAAUACAUCAUUCAAUCCGCUGGCCGUCAUCCAACAGUCCCGUACACGGCCUCGGCCUGUUGCGUCAAAUUCACGAGGAACGCCUUUACUUCCACCUGCAGGAUGGCAACAGCCUCUACAGCGAGAACCUAACCCUGUGCGCUUCAGUCUUCAUCAAGCUAACCUUCAAAGCCCAGUACUGCGCGCAAAGACCAUUUCGUCGCCUCUCUACAUUUUUCAAGAUGGAUUUAUGAGGCGUCCUGAGCGACCAUCGAACCCCAGCCUUUCAGUUGAGAAAUGGAAUUUUACGGUAUGCCGUGAAGACAUGAAUAGGCUUCCACGAUCAAACUGCGCCGGAGGUGAAGUGGCCAGGGAAAUUGACCAGAACAGUAAACUCAUCCGUCUGCGUUGCAUCAAAUGGGGCAAACCCGAAGACCCAAGCGACGCCGCCUGGGCAGCCGCCGACACCAAAUGGAUCCCACGCUCCUACUUCUCCUUGAAUGGUCACCACCUCGAACAACGUAAAAAGCUGCACCACGGCAAAGACAUGCCCAUCGACAUUACCGAUCUUGUCACCGAAGGCGAAAACACACUCGAAUUCACCGUCCUAACCUCAAUCAAUGACACAGCCCACCACGCCUACUCCAUCGGCGUAGAAACCGUCGGCGUCGCAACCCACGACUCGAUUCGCGGACAAGUGACCAACCAAAACUACGUGCCCUCUGAAAAAGUCCUCGCCGCCAUACAAGACCAACUCUCCAAGUCCACGAAUGACGAUGACGACAUCGCCGUCGUUUCAGACUCCACCCUCACAAUCACCCUCUUCGACCCCUUUUACCAAUCCCGCUUCUGCGACAUUCCCGUCCGCGCAAAAUCCUGCCUUCACAACAAUUGCUUCGACCUAGAAACUUUCUUAUCAACGCGGACGCGCAAGGCAGACGCAUCGGUGGCGGACCAAUGGCGUUGUCCAAUUUGCAGGGGUGACGCUAGACCGCACACGCUGCUUGUGGAUGGUUUUGUAAAGGAGAUUUGUGAGGACUUGCCUAAGAGGGGGUUGGGCGGUACGAGGGCGGUUGUGGUGGAGAAGAAUGGGAGGUGGGAGCCGAAAAAGGAGGUUAGGGAGGGGGUUUGUGAUGAUGAUGUUGAGGCUAGGGAUAGGGAUAGGGAUAGGGAGAGGGAGAGGGAGAAGAGGGAGAGGGAGAGGGAGAAGAAGGAAAGGGAGAGGGAGAAGAAGAGGAGUUUUGUGCCGGAUGAUGUUGAGGUUAUUGAUUUGUGUGAUUGA